AGAUUUUCCUAAAGAAAGUUAAAACUGGUGAAAGCAGGCAGUGACUGUAGAGACAGGAAGUGGACAGCAAAGUACUUCCUGUCUCCUUCUCUGCUGUUUUCUGUGGUUAUUUUAUCUGGAAAUGGCUGCAAAUAACAUUAAAUAACAAAACUUUAAGUCUCACCUUAAUAGAAACUGCAGAUGUUUAUAUAAAUUAGUUCUUUCUUCAGUAAAGUUACUCCCAGUGGAGAGUAGCCGCAUAUUUUACUUCUUCAGAAUAUUUACUCUGGUAAAAGUAAGAAGUACGUUGCAGUAAAACUGCUCCUAGAAGUACAACUUGUUCAGAAAGUUACUUAAAUGUAACUAGUUACUGCUAACCUCUGUCGAGGACUAACGCCUCCAUACCUGGGUCUACAUUUGUUUUUAUCGGUCUUUACUGCAUGUUUAUUAGCGACCAUAGUCCCAUCCUGGAGGCUGUAAGGUUUUAUUUUCGCCCCGCUGAUGCAGCAGCAGUCAGUGAGCCGUUCAUGAUGAAGGGAAACUGAAACUUAAGGAAAGAGAGGCAGUGGCUAUAUCAGAGCUGACUGAGAUGUUAGUGCCACAGACUGAAGAUGGGUGUUCAGGGCUUGACCUCCUUCAUAGAGAACCACCAGAACUUGUACCGGGAGGUCCGGUUCAGCAGGAGCCGGCUGGUGAUCGACGGCUGCAACCUCAAGUACCUGCUGUACUUCAGCUCAGGUCUGGAUGAGAACCAUGGUGGGGAGUAUGCUGCCUAUGAGAGCUUGAUUGAGAGUUUCAUCACAGCUCUCAGAACCUGUGAGAUCGCCCCGUACGUGGUUCUGGAUGGAGGUUCUGAUGUAACCGAUAGAAAGGUGGAAACAGUGGCAAAGAGGUCUGAGGAUCGGGUCCAGAGAGCCCAUGAAGCAGCAGCCAGCGGCAAACAGAUGAAAAUCCUCCCUCGGAUGGCUGAUUUUGUCUUCAGACAGACGCUGGCCCGGCUAGAGGUUCCCAUGGCCCAAUGUUUUGAAGAAGCUGACCAGGAGAUAGCGGCCCUGGCCUCAGAGUGGCAGUGCCCGGUUCUCUCCAACGACAGCGACUUCUACGUCUUCCACCUGCCUGCUGGAUUUCUGCCCACGUCUCACUUCCAGUGGAAGGAGGUGAAAGGCAGCGGCUCCAGGAGCUACAUCUCCUGCAGGAGAUUCUACACCUCCAGCUUCUGCGCCUUCUUCGGACUCCAGCACCAGCUCCUGCCGGCCUUCGCCGCCUUGGCGGGUAACGACUACGUGAAGCAGAGUAGGAUCAAAUGGGCUCAGUUUGUCCCGGCAGGCAGGGAGACAAACCGCCCACAGCUGGAGGGGCUGCUCUGCUGGCUGAAGAACUUCCAGGAUCCUCAGGAAGCCUUGGAGGCCGCUGUGGUCCUGAUGGGACAACUGAGCGAGAACAAGAAGGAGGUCCUGCACAGACUGCAUGUGGGGAUGGAGGAGUAUGAGCCACGUGGGAGCAAGCUGAGCAGGUUCUUCCUCCAUGGAGCACCGCCUGAGUUUCCAGCACUGGAAGAGGAAGUGGACCUCGUCCCACACUGGAUGUUGCUGCCUCUGACUGGAGCCCGGCUAGCUCCGGAGGUCCUGGAUGUGCUGCGGCUCCACAAGAUGGGUCUCGGUUGUGCAGUUGAGCCUGAAGAUCUGCCCAGCACCAACCUGACCUCCAGGCCGCUCCGACAGGUGAUGUACGGGCUGCUGCUGGGCAGAAGGACGUCUGUUCUGGUGAAUGAAAUAGACAGAGAAGGUCUGCAGCUGACAUGCAUCCCAGUCAAACCAGUGUUCACCAGAGUCAGUGAGAGGCUGAGACUCUGCUCCCUGCAGGAGGCGGCGCUGUCGGACCGUCUGCGGGUCUUACUGGAAGCUCUGGGAGUGAGCGAGGAGUCUCUGGGCCUCCUGCCUCCUCGGCUGAAGCUCCCAGCAGCCGUCACCUGCUACUGGCUGCAGAGAGCUCAGCCUCCUCCAGACCUGCUGAAGGCGCUGCUGCAGGGGAUGAGCAACGAGAGCACGCCCACUCCCACCACAGCUCUGCAGCGCGCCAGCAGCAAACGGAAGGUGGACAUGCGUGUGGCUUAUGUCUUCAACCAGUGGCAGGUGUGUCUGAAGGACGGCGUCCGGCUCAACCAGCUGCUGGGUUUCCCUCUGCCUGAGCCAGAUGUGGCACGGUUGUAUCAGGGGACGCUGGUCCACCAGCUGGUCCACAGGAUGAGGACCGGUGGAAGACUGAAGACCUUGCUGAAGAGUGACGGGCCCAGCAAGAAGCUCUACCGCACCAUGCUCUCCAUGGUUCUCCAGUCCCAGGCUCAGCGGGUGCUGGUGGCCUCAGAGAACCUGCAGAAGGCGCCGACCCACCAGCAGCAGAACCUGAAGGACCUGAAGGACCUGAAGGACCUGAGCACCAACCUGCAGCAGCUGUUCCUGCAGCACCAGGACGAGGAGACGGAGAACGAAGUUCAGACAGCGAUGGCAGCACAGGAGGAGCUGCGCCUGCAGGAGGAGCACCUCCUGGUGAGAACACGCUACAGAACCAAGGAGAGGAGCAGCAGGUGCAGCAAACCAGAACUGGCCCGUAAGGAGGAGUGUCGGGGCUGGGACCUCCUCUGAUGGAGCUGCUGCUGCAGACCUCCCUCUGAACACUGCUGGGAUCUUCUCCUCCUGAUGCUGAGGACUCUGCAGGGAGCGGGAGGGUUUAUUGUUUCAUUUCUCUUCAUGCUUUCCAGAAUCGGACUCUCAGACCGGCUGCCAACAGCUUUAAGGAGAUGAUGAACAUCUUUCUGCUCAUUUCUGAGCUCAUUUCUGAGUGAUUGUGCAGCUACAGCAAUAAUAACACUCCUGGUUCCAGCUCUAUGUGUUUCACUUCUUUGCUGCUUUCUGACGUCAUGGAGAGGAAGACUCGUGUCCUGAAGAAGCUUGUAGCCGAAACAAAUGCUAAUAAGCUGGACACUUUUGUACAAAACACAAUUUUUCUCCUCAUAAAUAUUAUAUCUGGAAUAAUGAAGACAUUAAAUAAAAAAUAAGACAAUCUUUUAUAGAAAGUGGUUUGAUAGGGGAAGGUUACUUGUAAGCCAAUUACUGAAGCCAAAUGUUCAUUUAUUGUCUUAUUCUGACUUUAUAUUACUUUUCCACUUUCCUGUUACCCCUAAAGAAUAUGCUGUUGUGUUUGACGCAAUCCCCAGUGGGUCAUUAAAGCUUUUAUCAUCUUUA